GGUUUCCGAUGAAUUUAAACCUUGCCAUUAUUUUAAAAGGAACAACAUUCUACGCAACACACACGUUCACUGAAUUACAGUAUGCAGUUACUUUUGGUCGUCUUAGUAGUUUUAACUGUUUUGUGUGUAUGUGAUGGACAGAAAGGGUGGUGGGGUGGACCUACAAGGAGACCAAUUUGUCAUGCACAUCCAGUUCAUAGAUCUACAACAUCAAUGUAUUGGAAUUGCUGUUAUCUUUGGAUAACGGAACCAGUUGAUGAAAACGAGAUUACAUUAACUAUAAAUUUCAAACAACCGAUUGUAGAACUUGGCGUGCCCGGUUUUAUCACAAAAAGGUCAAUUUGCAGUGAGAAGUUCUUUUUAUCCAAUACGAGACCACUUCAUGCUGGUUUUAAUGAAAUUCAGUAUAAAGCAGAGUACUAUGAGGAUGAACACCAUCCAAUAGACGGAAUCUGUAACCAUAGAUACAGCUGGAGACAUCAACCGUCAACUAUUUCACCGACAUCGGAAGAACGAAGAGAUAGAUCAACAGCUACCGCAACUGUAACAUCAACAGAAAAUAACCGACGCCCAGGACCCACACUACCAUCUACUACUUUGACAACACAUAUAACCUUACCAUCCUCAACAACAACAAGGACAACCGUUCCCCCAACAACAACGACGACGGUACCACCAACAACAACAACGACGAUACCACCAACGACUACAACUGUACCCCCAACAACGACAACCGUUUCCCCGACAAUAAGGACAACCGUUCCCCCAACAACAACGACGACGAUACCACCAACGACUACAACUGUACCCCCAACAACGACAACCGUUUCCCCGACAAUAAGGACAACCGUUCCCCCAACAACAACGACGACGAUACCACCAACGACUACAACUAUAACCCCAACAACGACAACCGUUCCGCCAACAACAACAACCGUUCCACCAACAACAACGACGACGAUACCACCAACGACCACAACUGUACCCCUAACAACGACAACAAUUCCCCCAACAACGACGACUGUACAACCAACGACUACAACGACGACGGUACCACCACCAACAACAACGACGACGGUACCACCAACGACUACAACUUUAUCCCCGACGACAACCAUUAGAAAACCACCACCACCGAGUUAAACUUUUAUACUUUUUUAUCAAUAGAUUUAGGCUUAAUUGCUUACAUAAUUUUCUCUUAUUUUUGAGUGUGAAUUCACAUUACUAUAAGACGUGUCACGGUACUUAUUUAUCCCAAAUUCAUGUAUUUGGUUUUGAUGUUAUACUUGUUAUUCUCAUAGGAUUUAUCAAUGCUUAGUCCGUUUCUGUGUGUGUUACAUUUUUAAUGUUGUGUCGUUGUUCUCCUCUUAUAUUAAAUGCGUUUCCCUCAGUUUUAGUUUGUUACCCCGAUUUUGUUUUUUGUCUAUGGAUUUUUGAGUUUUGAACAGCGGUAUACUACUGUUGCCUUUAUUUAACAUUUACAACUUACAUAAGAGUAUUUUUUUUUAAAGUAAAUAUGCUGUAUAAAUUUUGUGUUUAAUAUUAUAUUUAUUUUCAUAGCAGUGGUGUUUUAUUAAACUUGAAUUGUUUCAGUUAUUUAAUA